AUGGCGUUACAACCAAGAGGUUCCACUCCUGUAAACAUGGCUAUGGAACCUGUGCAUGCAGAGAAACUGUGGCAAAUAGUAAAGACAGUGUUUUACAUGUUGAGGAAAGGCAUCUCAAAAAGCAAACUACUGGUUGAUCUUCAUAUGAUGCUAAAACGAAGCAAGAUCGCCGGAAAAGCCAUCGGUAACCUCAUGCUAAACCACAACUACUCCGCCUUCAGCUGCCGGUCGGACAUCGGAUUGUCGUUCGUGAACCCGGGAGAGUACGAAUUCAGCUGCAGCAACAGCCCAGUUUAUCCCUCCUUCCACAACUACCGCCGCCGCCACCACCACAACCACCGACGCCACCGUCAUUCUCGCCAUAAUGCUGAAGACAUUAACGCUGCUCACCAAGUGUUUGAUAUUUUGAAUGAGUGUGAGAUGGUGGAGGGCUCGCCGUUGACGUUGCCUGGGUUUGGUCCUAGCCCCAUGGUGAGACAGCUGAGAAUAACGGACUCGCCAUUCCCAUUGAAGGACACAGAGGGAGAUACUGAUCAAGUGGACAUGGCAGCUGAAGAUUUUAUCAAGAAGUUCUACAAGGUGUUGAAACAAGAAAAGAGAAUGGCUGCCCUAGAAUCUCCAUCGCCUUGCCACAAAUGGGCUCGAUGA